CACACAACAAAGCUUAUGCAAUUGCUUUUCUUCUACUCCCUUCCUAUUAUCAACUUUCUCUUCUAUGUCUCUGUCUGUAUUUCUUUUUGGCGGGAGGUGGGCUCCAUUUUCAAUCAAAAUCUCGUCUUUCUCAAGUCUCUUUCUCAUAAAUCUCUCGACACCCAUGACCCAAUUACCUCCUCCUCCUCCUUCUUCUUGUUCUUCUUCUUCUUCACUGUAAAUAUAUCUAUCUCUCUGUUUCUCUUCUCUUCUCUUCUCUUCUUCUAUACCCAGAAACAGAGAGAAAAGAAAAAACCCACUUAGAAAACCAACAAGCACAAGCACAAGCACAGACAGAAAAACACUUCAAAACACAAUGAGAAAGAUUCGAUCUUUAAACACAAAGCUGCUCCUUUUCCUCUCUUUCUUCUUCUUCUUGCUAAACACAAAACUAAUUGUGUCUCUUUCUCCUGAUGGCCUUUCUCUCCUCUCUUUAAAAUCAGCCGUUGAUCAACCUGACGGUGACAAUCCUUUUUCUGACUGGAAUGAAGAUGACCCAACUCCGUGCAAAUGGACAGGCAUUUCUUGCAUGAACGUAACAGGAUUCCCAGACCCACGUGUAGUUGGAAUCGCAAUCUCAGGCAAAAAUCUACGUGGCUAUAUUCCUUCAGAGCUGGGAACUCUUUUAUAUCUUCGAAGACUUAAUCUUCAUAGCAAUAACUUUUAUGGGUCAAUUCCUGCUGAUCUUUUUAAUGCUACUUCACUUCAUAGUCUUUUUCUUUAUGGCAAUAAUCUUUCUGGUUCUUUACCUCCUUCUAUCUGUAAUCUUCCUAGACUACAGAAUCUUGAUCUUUCUAACAAUUCUUUGUCAGGCUCCUUACCAGAGAAUUUAAACAAUUGUAAGCAGUUACAAAGGUUAAUUUUAUCUAGAAAUAAAUUCUCUGGUGAAAUUCCUGCUGGGAUUUGGCCUGAAUUAGAUAAUUUAGUUCAGCUUGAUCUUUCUGAUAAUGAAUUCACUGGAUCAAUACCGAAUGAUCUUGGUGAACUGAAGUCUUUAUCUAAUACCUUAAAUCUUUCUUUUAAUCAAUUAUCUGGUAGAAUCCCAAAAUCUUUGGGGAAUUUACCUGUGACUGUCAGUUUUGAUCUUAGGAACAAUAAUUUAACAGGUGAAAUACCUCAGACUGGGUCAUUUGCUAAUCAAGGACCAACUGCUUUUCUCAAUAAUCCUUUAUUAUGUGGUUUUCCUCUUCAAAAAUCAUGCAAAGAUUCUUCACAGAGUUCUCCGGCGAGUCAGAAUUCUCCGCAGGAAUCUAAUAGUAAUAAUAGUCUCAAGAAAGGAUUAAGUUCUGGGUUGAUUAUACUUAUAUCAGUAGUUGAUGCAUUUGGUGUAGCUUUUAUUGGUUUAGUUAUAGUCUACUUUUAUUGGAAAAAGAAAGACGAUUCUAAUGGUUGUAGCUGCACAGGGAAGACUAAAUUUGGUGGGAAUGAGAAACAUCGAGCUUGUGCUUUAUGUUCUUGUGUUAAUGGCUUUAGUAAUGAGGACUCAGAAGCAGAAGAUAUUGAGAAAGCAGCAACAGAGAGAGGGAAAGGAGAUGGGGAAUUGGUUGCAAUUGAUAAAGGUUUUAGCUUUGAGUUAGAUGAAUUACUUAGAGCUUCAGCUUAUGUGUUGGGAAAAAGUGGAUUGGGGAUUGUGUAUAAGGUUGUGCUCGGAAAUGGGAUUCCGGUGGCUGUGAGGCGGCUCGGUGAGGGAGGAGAGCAGAGGUAUAAGGAGUUUGUUGCUGAAGUUCAGGCUAUUGGGAAGGUUAAACAUCCAAAUGUUGUGAAGUUAAGAGCUUAUUAUUGGGCUCCUGAUGAAAAACUUCUUAUUAGUGAUUUUAUCUCCAAUGGUAACUUGGCUUAUGCUCUGAAAGGGAGAAGUGGUCAGCCAUCUCCUAGUCUCUCAUGGGCAACCAGGCUAAGAAUUGCCAAGGGAACAGCCAGGGGCUUAGCCUACCUCCAUGAAUGUAGUCCAAGAAAAUUUGUCCAUGGAGACGUUAAACCGUCAAACAUACUACUGGACAACGAAUUCCAGCCUCACAUUUCUGAUUUUGGCCUAAGCAGGCUAAUCAACAUCACUGGCAACAAUCCUUCUUCUUCAGGUGGAUUUAUUGGUGGAGCUUUGCCUUACUUAAAAUCGGUCCAAUCCGAGCGAACUAACAACUAUCGAGCCCCAGAAGCUCGUGUUCCUGGAAACAGACCAACACAGAAAUGGGACGUCUAUUCGUUUGGAGUUGUCUUGCUAGAACUGCUGACAGGGAAAUCUCCUGAACUUUCACCAACUACAUCAAAUUCUAUAGAAAUUCCUGACAUAGUUAGAUGGGUGAGGAAAGGAUUUGAAGAAGAGAACACCUUAUCAGAAAUGGUUGAUCCAGCAUUGUUACAAGAAGUUCAUGCCAAAAAGGAGGUGCUAGCACUUUUUCAUGUUGCCCUUGCCUGCACUGAAGCAGAUCCUGAGGUGAGACCCAGGAUGAAAAAUGUGUCUGAAAAUCUUGAAAGGAUUGGAGCAUAGGGAAAAAAACAAACUGAUGGCUUCAAUUUUCCAAGAAACAAGCUCUUGAAAAAUUCUUGAUUUUGCAAAAGGGCAUUACAGGAUUUUGGCAUUUGAGAGGUUGAAGUUGCUUAAAGAUUGCUUCAGCCAUCAUUUAACUUGGAUUGCUAAUGACUAUAAAUUGGAUCCAAAUUUUUUGGAGUUCAGGAAGUUUAUGCUUAGCAUGAUUGGAUCAGUAUACUUUUUUUUUUUUUUUUUCUUCUUGAGAAUUAUGGAAGUAGGUUUAUUUGUAAUUUAAAUUUCCAUCCCCCUGGGAAGUAGGAUGUACUGUAAUAAAAAAAGAUUAUUUCA